AUGUCUGACAGAUAUGCUGAUAGACCAAUGUCUGACAGAUAUGCUGCUGGACCAAUGUCUGACAGAUAUGCUGAUAGACCAAUGUCUGACAAAUACGAUGCUAGACCAAUGUCUGACAGAUAUGCUGAUAGACCAAUGUCUGACAGAUAUGCUGCUGGACCAAUUUCUGACAGAUAUGCUGAUAGACCAAUGUCUGACAGAUAUGCUGAUAGACCAAUGUCUGACAGAUAUGCUGAUAGACCAAUGUCUGACAGAUAUGCUGAUAGACCAAUGUCUGACAAAUACGAUGCUGGACCAAUGUCUGACAGAUAUGCUGAUAGACCAAUGUCUGACAGAUAUGCUGCUGGACCAAUUUCUGACAGAUAUGCUGAUAGACCAAUGUCUGACAGAUAUGCUGCUAGACCAAUGUCUGACAGAUAUGCUGCUAGACCAAUAUAUGCUGCACCAAUGUCUGACAGAUAUGCUGGACCAAUGUCUGACAGAUAUGCUGGACCAAUGUCUGACAGAUAUGCUGGACCAAAAUGUCUGACAGAUAUGCUAGACCAAUGUCUGACAGAUAUGCUGGACCAAUGUCUGACAGAUAUGCUGGACCAAUGUCUGACAGAUAUGCUGGACCAAAAUGUCUGA